AUGAGCUCCCCAGAAGGGCCAGGCUUCCCCUCGGGGCUGCUCUCGGGGGGCGCCUCCCCCAGCGGCAGCGAGGGCUUUUUCCCCUUCGUGCUGGAGCGGAGAGACUCGCUCCUGGGAGGGGGCCCCGGCCCCGAGGAGCCUGAGGACCUGGCGCGACAGCUGCAGCAGAAGGAGAAAGACCUGCUGCUGGCCGCGGAGCUUGGCAAGAUGCUGCUGGAGCGCAACGAGGAGCUGCAGCUGCGGCUGGAGACGCUGAGCGCCCAGCACGCGGAGCGGGAGGAACGACUGCAGCAGGAGAACCAUGAGCUCCGCCGGGGCCUGGCGGCGCGGGGGGCCGAGUGGGAGGCCCGAGCUGUGGAGCUGGAGGGCGACGUGGAGGCGCUGAGGGCCCAGCUGGGCGAGCAGCGCUCGGAGCAGCAGGACAGCGGGCGCGAGCGGGCGCGGGCCCUGGGGGAGCUCAGCGAGCAGAACCUCCGGCUCAGCCAGCAGCUGGCACAGGCCUCCCAGACUGAGCAGGAGCUGCAGAGGGAGCUGGAUGGCCUUCGGGGCCAGUGCCAGGCUCAGGCCAUGGCCGGGGCGGAGCUGAGGACAAGGCUGGAGAGUCUGCAGGGGGAGAACCAGAUGCUGCAGAGCCGCCGCCAGGACCUGGAGGCGCAGAUCCGCGGUCUGCGCGAGGAGGCGGAGAAGAGCCAGGCCAGGCUCCAGGCCACCCACGAGGAGCUGCUGCUGCUGCGGCGCGAGCGGCGCGAGCACAGCCUGGAGCUGGAGCGGGCGCGCGCCGAGGCGGGGGAGGCGCUGGGCGCGCUGUGGAGGCUGCAGCGGCGGGUCUCGGAGCUGGAGGAGGAGUCUCGCCUCCAAGAAGCCGACGUGUCCGGAGCCUCACUGCAGUCGGAGCUUGCCCAUGGCCUCGACAGCGACCAGGACCAAGACCAGGAAGCAGAAGGACCCAGACACACGCCGGAGAGGCCGAACACUCUGUCCCUGGAGACGCUAGAGGUGGCCAACCACCAGGCCUUGCCCCAGGAAGGGAGCUUGGAGCCUCCCACAAAGCGGACAUCGCUGAGCCCGGUGGACGUGCUGGAGAAGGAAGCGGAAGUGGCCCAACUGCAGGACCAGAUCGCGCUGCAGCGCGCAGAGCUGGAGUUCCUGCGGGAGGAGCUGCAGCGGCAGAAGGAGCUGUGGGCUCAGGAGGAUCCUGAGGCGGCCCUAAGCGGCGCCCUCUCAGACCGGGACCAGGCAGUGAACAAAGCCCUAGAAGUGUCCCUGGAGCUCGGCCGUGUCUCCCUGGAGCGCGACUCUCUGUCCCGGGAGCUGCUUCGCACCAUCCGCCAGAAGGUGGCGCUGACGCAAGAGCUGGAGGACCGGGACUGUCUUUCAAAGGGGGCUGGCGGCCGGCCGUGGACUUACUAG